GUACAGUCGACAACCAGUGAACCGAUCUGACAGAUCAAAUCCAGCAGGUUUGUUCCUGUUUGUUGUAGUAGUAGGUUUGACGUCAAGCGAGUUACUUGUGUCAUUACGGUAUUUCAAAUAAAUUAUUUUAUCAAAAGUGACAAUGUGAUGUGAAGUGACAGUGUGUUCUAUGUUCAAAAUAUGUUGUAGUUAAUCAAUUUUGUUUAGCACAGUUUUGUUCUCAGUUGAUUUUUAUUGAGGGGGUUGAAUGGCGGCGGGCGAAGGUUCCGAGGUGACGUUCCUGUUCCAGUUCGGACUGGUGCGGGACACAGUGACGGCCGACGCCAGUCUGCUCACGCUCAAGUCGCUCAAGGAGUACGCCUGCGACUUCAUCAACACUAAGUGUCCCGAGCACGGCGUGAACCGGUUGGCCGAUCGACUGCUGCUGUUCCGUCAUGACUACUCAUCACCCAACAUCCUCCAUCUCGUUUACUCCGCUUCCGAAGUUACAGAUGAAACGCUCAUCGAAAUCAUCCUGACAGCUCAAAUCCCAGCUGAGGAGACAGUGCCUAUUCGACCUCACACACUGGUCGUCCACUCCUACAAAGCGCCAACUUUCUGUGAUUUUUGUGGUGAAAUGCUCUUUGGACUUGUACGUCAGGGAUUAAAGUGUGAAGGUUGCGGCCUAAACUACCACAAGCGAUGUGUGAUCAAGAUUCCGAACAACUGCAGCAUGGCGCUGGAGGGGUCGCGACGUCGCUCGUCCACUCUGCAGGUGCCGCGCAGUCCCUCAGAGACAUCGUCCACCUCCUCCCUCACCUCCGCCUCCGAGGACUCCAGUCUGGUGGUGAGCGGUUUGAACAGCCUGUUUGUGCCUUCGAAAGCGGGCAGCGGCAGUCGCUCGCCGUCGCUGGGAGGCCGGCCGCCCUGGCUCGAGAAGGAGCUGGCCAGCCGCAUCAAGAUCCCGCACACGUUUGUGCUGCACUCGUACACCCGGCCCACCGUUUGCCACCUCUGCAAGAAGCUGCUCAAGGGCCUCUUCAAGCAGGGCAUGCAGUGCAAGGACUGCCACUACAACGCGCACAAAAAGUGCAUCGACAAAAUACCCAAGGACUGCACCGGCGAGAAUCCACGUGACCCGUCAGGUCAGCUGCUACAGCUGUUCGCCUGUCAGUCGAAAAUGGCCGACAGUUUGGCGAGUACCCCGGAUAGUGGAGUGGGAAGUGAGCCGGAGAGAGAGAACAACAAAGAUCUGCUAGAAGACGACAGUGAUAAUGAAAUAAAUUCGUCAUCGCCAGCCGAGGCUCGAAGGAUGAACUCCCCCACUUCACCCUCAUCCACUGCCCCCUCGCCUUUAUCCAAUGGUGCUUACAUUGAUGUUAUAACGACUCAUUAUGAGGAACCAGACGUGGAAAAAAGGCCCACAAGCUCAUCACCAAGUAAUAACAUUCCACUCAUGAGAAUUGUGCAAUCAGUGAAGCAUACAAAACGAAGAGGAUCGAAAGUAUUGAAAGAAGGCUGGAUGGUGCACUUCACAAACAAAGAUAGAAUGCGGAAAAGACAUUACUGGCGACUGGACUCGAAAUCGGUGACAUUGUUCCAAAGUGACACCGGCUCAAAGUAUUACAAAGAAAUUCCAUUAGCUGAAAUCUUGGCCGUAGAAUCAGCGAGACGGCUGCAAGGAGACGUGAUGCACUGUUUCGAGCUGCGAACGGCGAACGUGGACUACUUUGUGGGCGAGGACCCGUACUUCGGCCGCAAGGAGGGCACGCCCAUCAACCUGCCGCCGCCUGAGAGCGGAAUCGGCGCACACCUCGCCAAGAGCUGGGAGACCAGCAUCAGGCAGGCGCUCAUGCCUGUUGCCCCCAACACAAAAACAGAACCAUCUGCAGAGCCGGAGGAGCGGGUGACUGAUAUGAGUCAGCUGUAUCAAAUACACCCCGACGAAGUUCUUGGCUCUGGACAAUUUGGUAUUGUAUAUGGAGGAUUACAUAGAAAAACAGGACGAGCUGUAGCCAUCAAAGUGAUCGACAAACUGCGGUUCCCAACAAAACAAGAGGCUCAGUUGAAGAAUGAAGUUGCAAUAUUGCAGAACCUGUCGCAUCCGGGUGUUGUCAAUUUAGAACGCAUGUUCGAGACAGUUGAGCGUAUAUUCGUUGUCAUGGAAAAGCUCAAAGGAGACAUGUUAGAAAUGAUAUUGUCCAGCGAGAAGCGAAGUCUCUCUGAGAGAAUAACUAAGUUCCUUAUCACUCAGAUCCUUAUAGCAUUGAAACAUCUGCACAGUAAAAAUAUAGUUCACUGUGAUUUGAAACCGGAGAAUGUGCUUCUCAGUUCAGACUCAGAUUUUCCUCAGGUGAAGCUUUGCGAUUUUGGCUUUGCUCGCAUUAUCGGCGAAAAGUCGUUUCGUAGAUCAGUUGUCGGCACUCCUGCCUAUUUAGCUCCAGAGGUUCUGCGAAACAAGGGCUACAACCGGUCACUGGACAUGUGGAGUGUUGGCGUGAUCGUGUACGUGUCGCUGAGUGGCACGUUCCCCUUCAACGAGGAUGAGGACAUCAACGAGCAGAUACAGAAUGCCGCAUUCAUGUACCCACCCAAUCCAUGGAAGGAUAUCUCCCGAGAUGCAAUUGAUCUGAUCAAUAAUCUGCUCCAAGUGAAGCAGCGAAAGAGGUUCACAGUCGACAAAUCUCUGUCUCAUGUUUGGCUCCAGGACUACCAGACGUGGUGCGACCUCCGAGAGCUGGAGUCCGCGUCGAACUGUCGCUACCUGACUCACGAGUCGGACGACGCGAGGUGGGAGUCGUUCCGCGAGAAUCACCGCCUCUGACCUCGGUGGGGAGUCAAGUUCCGCCGUCUCGUGCACUACUCUGCCGCCCCUCCAUCUCCGCACAGUCCCACCACAUUCUGAUCUUCAAUCGACACCGAUGACCGAAGUCCAUUCGUGUUCAUUCAAGCUGAGCGACUUGUAUAAUAAUUAUCAACACCAUUCCAUUCAUGUACAGUCAAUCCGAGCAACUUGUAUAAGUUGUGUCUUUAGUGCUAUUCUACUUCCAUCACUGCAAAUAUUGUUAUAAGUAUCUGAUGCUUCUCAGACAGUGGUACAUUCAUGUAGCUUACAUACAAUAUGUGCAACUUUUAUAAGUUUUGUUUUCAGUGAUUUACCCCAUCACUGAAACCAAUAUUUUAAAUAUCUAAUACUUUCAGACUACAGUAGACUAUUCUGAUUCAUGCACAUUCUGAACGUCUUUUAUAAGAUAUGUUUUUAAUGCUAUUUUACUUCCAUCACUGAAACCAUUGUUUCAAGUAUGGAAUGCUUUUCUUACUACAGUAGUCUAUUAAUGUUUAUACAAUCUGAACAUAUUUUAGAAUUAUUGUGUUUUUCGUUGCUACUUCACUUCCAUUACUGAAAACAUUUUUAUAAGAAUCUGAUGCUUUUCAGACAGUAGUUCAUCAAUGUACAUUCAAUCCUAGCAACUUCUAUGAGUUGAGUGUUUUCAGUCUUAUUUUACUUCCUACACUGAUAACAUUCUUAUAAGUAUCUGAUGCUUUUCAGACAAUAGUUUAUCCAUGUACAUUCAAUCCUAGCAACUUCUAUGAGUUGAGUGUUUUUGAGUCAGUCUUAUUUUAUUUCCUACACUGAAAACAUUCUUAUAAGUAUCACAUGCUUUACAGACAGUAGUCCAUUCAUGUAGGCCUACAUACAAUCCGAGCGACUUUUAUAAGUCUACUCAGAGAUGUUUGGUGGAUGAGUGGUCAAGUAAACCCGACCUGGUUCAUUCUCUAAUCCACUCCCACCUGUGGUUUAGCAGAUAGUUCCAAGUACAGUUACUAUAUAGAAACUGUAAUAUAGUAACUGUAGUUUCAAGUAUUGAUACAAAGUUGUAAGAAAUGUGUAGUUUCAAUACCACACUACAUACCUAUGACACAAUGAAUCAGAUUUGUAGUAAUAAUUAUUGAAUUCUUUAUGUGUGUUCAUUUGUAAUGAUUCUCAUUCAAACAUUCCGAAAAUAUGUUCAUGCACAAGAUAACAAACGUAACACCUAAAAGUAUUCAUUUUUGUGUUAGUUUUAUGUGAACUGGUACAGUAUUCUAAACUGACGUGAAUUGUCUUGGGGUUUUUUAUUGAAAGUAUUUUGCUGAUAAGUUUUGAUAGAGAGUUGAUAUCUCACUGCUCUUCGAAAAAUUAGUUUUUCCAUUGAUAUGUGUUAGAAACUAAAUUAUUCUCAAUAUUGAUAAAUUUUUACCAUUGUGACGUCUGCUUUCGAGUGGUCAAGUUUCUUGAGUUGAGACCAACCUCUUUGGAGCUCUUCAAUUUCAAUACUCCACAAGUAUAAAUUAACUGUUAUGGAAAUACUAACUUAUAGUUUAUACAAAUCUGAUGAAUUUAUAUAUUUUGUGCUUCCAAUUGACUACUUCCAGCUAUUCUCUUUAUAGCUUUCUUCUAAAUCAGGCCUCUGUAUCUUGAAGCUUCCUUUCAUCCAAGAUGGAAACUUUUUUAUACGAAACAUUUAUAUAUUUUAAUAAUUCUUGAUUGCAAUAUUGAUAUUUUAUUGUUUCAAUUGUUAUUUGUAUUUUUAUUGUUAUCUAUUGGAAUACGAUUCCAAAGAUUUUUUAAUUGAAUAUUAGUGUAUUGGAAAAGUUAUUAUACGAGUCAGAAUAAUUAUUCAACUUGUUGAUUAAGAUCUUCAUACUUCAUUCUCUCACUUUUUAUUCUUGUUAUGGAGUUUAACUGUAUUAACUAAGUUAAUUGUUUUCAUAUGUUUAUCUUCUACAAAAUAUUCAUAUUAAACCCUAAUAUAAUUUUUAUUGUAAAUAUUAUUCUCAAACAUCACACAAUAAAUUAUUCCUUGCCGCUUCAUGUAUGUGGAUGUAAAGAAUAAUCAAUUAGAUUUUUUAAACUUGAAAGAACUCUAUAGACGAUUCUAGAAUCUUUCGAUUUUAGAUUUUUUGACUUACAGUAUUAAUAUGUUAACCACUCAAGAUAGUGUUAUCUUGGUGACGCAUCACCACAUAACUAAAAUGUUUCAUUAUUCAUUUUUUCAUUAAUUACCUACAUCAAUUAAUUGCAGCAAUAUUAUUAUGGUAUCAACAUUCAUCAUGCUUACAAGGAUACAACAUACAUAAAGACAUCAAUCGUGUAUACUGUAAAUAUAAAGUAUUAAUAUAAUAAUUGUAUUGUCACAUUAUAUUCGACUGAAAUUUAUCCACUGUUAUGAUUGGCUCCAAACAAGACUUGCUAAAAUGUGCUUUACAGUACUUUUCAUUGAUUCAUAUCAAGACACAGUUUCAUAAUAGAAACAUAUAAUUAAUUCGGCUAAAAAUGUUAAUCGACAUUCCUAACGAUUUUCGACUUUAAAGCAUUCCUGCCCAAUGAACACAGAUAGAAGUUUUUAAUCACUUUUUAAUGUUAGUUGACAACUUCUAUUUAUAUAUUCCCAUUAUAAAAAAAUACCACAUCAAACACAAUAGACAACAUAACUGUAACAUUCCUACACAGUUUUAUUAAUUUAAAUCAGCUUUCUUUUGUUUUUUUAUAUUUAUUGUCUUUUUGAAUGAUAAUCUCAUUCCAUUAUGCUAAUUGCUUAUCAUUCCACUUCUACUAUAAAUUCUAUUAGAACAGUAUUAUCCUUAAACUGAUUUCAUCCUUUUCUAUCUUAUUCAGAAGCAUUACAGCUUGAAGCUUUGAAACUGAUGAACUUUGAAAGAAACUUAUUUUGCGAUGAAAGAAUUUGUUCCCCGUUUAUAAAUUUUACUUAUAAUUUGAUGAUCAUGUAUAAAAAUAUAAAUUUCAAAUAUACAUUUUUUUUCGCUUUGUAAACCAGAAGCUUUCAAAUCUUUUGCUACUCCACUCUUCAAGUGCCUAUUUGUCAUAAAGAUUUAUAUCAUGGCCUAACCUGUAUGGAAAUGAAAAAUAUCUAUAUCGACCAUAGAAUGAUCUUAUAGCUAAAAUAAAACUUGUGAACAAGAUUUCAAUGCUUGCUCUUGCUUUGUAAAAAAUAUAAAUCUCAUAUUCUUCAUGAAAAUAUGAAAACCAUUAAUUUAUGCCGCCUAAUAUUAUGUUUUUGAUAAAAACUAAUUCGUGUGUAACAUUUCUAUGUCUGAAUCCAACCCAAUCUUUGUUUGAGUCUCUAAUUCACAUCAAGUUUUCUAAAUAAAUCUCCCAGUUGCUUUUUAUUGCAAUUCUCUUCUACCGAUCAUUCUCAACUUACAAAUAUUCUAAUAACGUGUACCAACUCUAUUAGAUGUUUGUAAUUUAUGUGUGAAAAUAUUAAAUUAUUUGUAUUCAAAUAGUUUAAUAAUCCCAGCUCUUGUAAAUAUCUUCAGUACCACCGUGAUAUUUUAGUGACAUCCUAGCUGUUUUUAUUGUAUUUAUUCUUUAUUGAAUCAACAAAAUGAUAGGGAGAGAAAAAAUAAGGUAACCUUGUGCUAUGCCUCUCCCAAAUUUAGAUGAGGUUACACAUAGUCCGAAUUUGUAUUCAAACUAAUAGUGAUCUUGUAUUCAUACAUUUUUAACGAAUUUCGGAGUUACAAUUAUAAACAUUGCUAAGCUAAGUCCAUGAUUAAUAUUUUGUCUCGUUUAUAUGUUUAAUUUUGUCUAUCACAAGAAAUUAUUUAGCUCAUAUUUCUCCUCUUUUUAAUAUGUCAGUAUUUAUUUCUUCCACUUAUAGACAACAUGCAUCAGUGUCUGUUUUAUACAUAUUUUUGAUAUUAUUUUAUACUAAAACUGCACUUUGAUACGAAUGUAGUUUUAAACCAGUGAGUAUUUAAUACUCAUUUUCAAUCUGUGAUUCGCUGUUUCAUUUAGAAAUAUUUUUACUCUAUGCUGAACCGCUGUUCUUUGUAUGUUAUCUUCCCAUUUUGUCAUUUUCCCCUCUGUCUUCCGAAUAAGAUACUACUGUAGUUUAUGUUGUCAUUGUAAUAACUAUUAUAAUUUUCUAUUUAUUAUGAAAACAAGUUAGAACUAGAUGAAAAUGAAAGGCCUAAUGAAUUGUGAAUAUUGUUGACUCAGUAUUAUAGUGUGCUGAUAAAUGUUGGAAUAAAUGAAUAUUUGUCUUCGAGUGAAUGAUAAAAUAUAAAUAUGUGUAUUUCUAGUAUUAUUGUGUAACACCAUGUUAAUGUUGUGGGUUGUAUUGGGGGAAAAUGAUUCCAAAUUUUAAAAUAAAAAUGUAUUAAUAUUAA